AUGGAAUCACUCUGCUUGUCAUGCAGAGCCCUCACGCUCAAUAUACCUAGAAAUGGCCUGAUUACUCGUCGAAUCCAGCCAGCGAUACGGGCUUUCAGUACGACAGGUUCCUACGGAGCAGUGGACAACAAAAAGAAGGCAGCAGACGCAAAGAGGAAAUUGAAACAGAAGGAAACUCGCAAAAAGAAGAAAUUCGCGACUUACAAGCUGCCGGACCUAAAGGACAUCAAUAAAUACUCCCUAGUCGAUGCGAUGCAAUACAUCAAAGCCUUCGAAGUUGGUCGAAAUCCUUCGCAAGUGAAAUUUGACGUUGCUAUACGGCUACGAACGAAGAAAGAUGGACCUGUCCUCAGAAAUCAGAUCAAGCUACCAUACGCUGUGAAGACAGAUAUCAAGGUCUGUGUGCUUGUGCCUGCAGAGUCAAAGCAGGGGAAAGCUGCAAAGGCCGCUGGAGCUACUCUAGUGGGGGAAGAGGAAGUCUUUGACAUCAUCAAAGAUGGGAAAAUCGAUUUCGACCGCUGCAUAACAACGCCAGAGAUGUUACCCAAGAUCCAAAAGGCUGGUCUACCACGAGUACUCGGUCCUAGGGGCCUGAUGCCAAGCGUGAAGCUGGGAACUGUCACCGAUAAUAUCGCGGCGAGUGUAAAGGCUAUGAUGGGAGGUUCCACGUACAGAGAGCGGAGAGGUGUCGUCCGCAUGGCCGUGGGUCAGUUGGGCUUUACUCCUGAGCAACUCAGAGACAAUGUACAGGCAUUGAUUGCGCAAUUACGAAAGGAAAGUAACGCGCUUCUCGAAUCAUCCGGGUUCAACAAAGAGAUCUUUGAUGUGGUUUUGAGUUCGACGAACGCUCCUGCUUUCUCAUUAUCUGGAGAUUUCAGAGGUAACAAUUCGCAACUGCCGAAGUGGGAUAAACUCCCCAUCUUAGAAAACUUGCCCGAGCGGACUAAAGUUGGUGGCAUACUAUAUCGUACAUACAGGCAAUGGGCGAAACACAAGGCAGCGGCACGAGGAGAACCUAUCCAACAUGUACCACCUCCUGGACCGGACCAAUUAAAUAAAGCAAAAAGAUGGUUACAAAGAAGAAUCCAGGCUAAGACUUCAACGACUGGGCAGGCACAGCAGGUCUCGACACCACAGCUGAAUAUGGCUUGA